UGGCCAUGGAACUUCUAUUUUCCCUACACCCACCUAGUCAGGGGAGAGUUUCAAAACCUCUCUUUCCAGUCUCUCUCAACUGCUUCCCUUCUGAGGCCUCCUAGGCAAGCCUGUGUUUCUCCCUCACAGCCUGGGAGCCCCAGCAGGAGCCAGCCCGUCAAUCUGAACCAUUAUGCCACCAAGAAGAGUGUGCCGGAGGGCAUGCUGGGCAUGGCUCUCUUCCUGUCCAACACCAAGCAGCUGAGAGCGGUUCUGGAGCAGGAGCCAUCCUCUCAGUAUUACAGCACGCUGGUCACCCUCAUCAGUGUUAGCAUCUCUCUGCCCCUGCAGGUGGCCACUGGCAUCCUCCUUGUGCUCAUUGCACGACUGAACCUCAAUGGGGCAGAAAAGCAGUGGCGACUUAACCAGCUCAGCAAUGCUGCCGGCACCCUGGUCUUCAUCACCCUUGCCAUCAGCACCUUCAUUACAGCCUUUGGGGUGUGUAAAACGGGGUUUUUGGCUGCCAGGACCUCAAGGAAUCCUCUCUGAGCACAGCCCUGGCCCCAGGUGGGGGAAGAUGGGAAGCCCCCAGGUCCACAGGCUCCCCAAGGGCCCAUCUCUCAUCCACUAGGGGGUUAGGGUAAGAGACCUAUAGCUCCGGGGCAAGGAGGCGGUCUGGGAGGAGAGCCUGGACUGACUCAGGAAGGGCCCCUGGCUCUGUGAAGGGGACUUGCCUCAAUUCUUAGGCGGGGUUCCCUAUGAGCCAUAAUCUGGGAUGGGAAAGCACAUCACUGGUUGGCAGGAGGCAGGGUGGAGUGUGGGGCUCCUCCUUGAUGCUGCCCAGCAGUCCUUGCUACUCUGGGAUAGCCUUGGACCAACAGCAAGCCCACCAGGAAGCUUCCUGGAAAUGGAGGAGCUUGGGCUCCAGUCCAGACCUACUGAAGCAGCACCUGCUCCUUGCCUCUUCUCUGCUUCCCCUGCAGGGACCCCGCCUGAGAUUGUGUCUGCCUCUUUCCUCCCUGCUCUGCUGGGCUGAUGGGCACUUUCCAGUCACCAGGAGAGCCCCUAAAAGGGCUGUGUAGAUGUCCUCACUCUCUACCCAUAGUGUCUGAAUUAGAAUGUGAUAUUUGCCCAUCUGGGUGAAUUCCAUCUUGGUCUGGAGUCCUGAGCUCAAACUGGGGUCCUGCCACCACCCCAUUCCUUCCCUCUUCCCCAUCCAUUCCCUUUCCUCCAGGACUCAGUUUUCCCUUUCUGUAAAAUGGAAUGGCUUCUAUCGAUAAAGUUUUCUGCAAAUCCACUGAGCCAAUGUUAAUACAUCCAGGCUGGUCUCUGACGCCCUCUCCACCUGCGACCCGGAAAGGGCCCAAAGAGGCAAACCCCAAGCCCAGAGGGAGAAAAGGCUUUAAUAUCACUCCCUCUCCUGGGUCCUGCUCUGAGUCAACUUCCCUGGCCUCACAUGCCUUGGGCUAAUUACCAUCUGUUACAUCAAUGGCAAAUUAGUCAAUUCUGGAUAGUUGUAAGUAUGCACAAUCCUUUAGAGCCUACUAAAAAUCUAUUCUAGCUUUCAUAUUAGCACCUGCUCUUUGGGCAUGUGUACAAAUUAGUUUUGAUCUUUUUCUAAGCCAAAUACAACUAGGAAAGUAAAUCUGCACCCCUAAACAUCCACAGGGCAUUCUCAGGUCAGCAGAAACUAUCUUUAGAUUGUCUGUUUUAGAAUAAGUCACUCCUCUCCACUGUUGACCAAACCAUCCCGGCCCAGUGGCUAGCCUUCUUCACCCAGGCUGUCCACCAGCCGUUCUCAAUCUCCACAUCUGCUGAACAGAAGAGCCUGGUCUGCUGUCGGGUUGUGAGUUCCUCAGACUGGAAACAAUGUCAGCCGCUUGGGGAGUAAACUCCAGCACAGAGAAGGCUGUCGUCGACAACGCAGGCACCAAACUAAUGGUUAAAGGGUGCGCGUCGGU